AUACUAAUAUUCUUUGAUGUUGAACCGCAAACACGAAUUUUACAAGUUCUUACUUUAAAUAUGCCAGCUUGGAGGACAUAUUUUACCAAUGUACCGCCUACUGUGAAAACUUUGACUUUUUCUAUAGUUUUCGUCUCGGCACUUGGGGCUUUAAAGAGAUUUCACAGAUGGACUGAAAAUCCUUUCGCCACAAAUGUUUUGCCUAAUUUUGCAUUGGUUCCAGGCCAUGCAAUACAAAAUUUUUGGACAUUUUUUACAGCAGGUUUCUUAGAAACUAACCCUGCGUCAUUAAUAGGAAGCAUCAUUGCGAUGGUCGCAUGUGGGAAAUAUUUAGAAAGAGCCUGGGGAUCAAAAGAUUUUUUGAAAUUUGUUGGAAUAAUUCUUAUUGGGGUUACUUUGUCAACCUAUUUUACAUACUUAUUGGAAUAUGUUAUUACUGGUGAUGAACAUUAUUUGUACGAGUAUAAAUUCAUCCUUGAUUUACAUUACAGGUUUGAAGUAGAGGCGAAUGGAAUGAUUGGUGUUAUAUGUGGAUUUUUAGUUGCAUUAAAGCAACUUGUACCCGAACAUUUGGUCCGAAUUCCAUUAUCAAUUCGCAUCAAGCACUUUCCCGGCAUAUUUGUCAUAUGGAGUUUUGCUUAUUUUCUUAUAUUCGAUGCACAAUCGCAAUUUUUAUUUGUAAUAUAUGGAUGGCUCAUAUCUUGGACAUACAUUAGAUUUUUCAAAAUGCAAGAUGGGUUACGUGGAGAUCGUAGUGAAACCUUUUCAAUGGCUAGUUUUUUCCCAGAAUUCAUUCAACCACCUAUAAAAAUAAUCUCAAAAUUGGUAUUCAAUAUAUUAGUUUUGCUAAGAUGUUGUAAACCAAUAAAAAAAAGACGAUUUGCUUUGGAUUUGGAAAGUUCUUUUCAUGUUAGUGCGCCUCCUAUGCCAGGAAGUGCGAGAGCUGAAGCCGAAAGGCGAAGAGCAUUAGCACUUAAAGCAUUGGACAAACGUUUACAUUCAACAAAUAAUAAGCCAAACUAUAAUCCUGCAUUCCCCUUUCCAUUUUUAUCACCAGAUUCAAAACGUUCAACGGGUGAAACUACCCAAAUUUCAACAACAAAUAAUAAUUCAAAAACUCCUAAUGAUUCAUCAUCGAAUUUUGGGUCUGUAACACCCGGUGUAUCUUCUGAUCCGGUUUUGUUUGAUGUAAAAGAACAUUUGGAUGAAAAAGAUUUAUAA